GGUUGGGCGUCGUGAAACGUCACGACGCCUGAAAUAGCCAUCAGCUAUUUCGAACGCGAAUGCCACACUGGAAACGUGUGCGUGUUGCACUGAAAAACAACCGAAAUCGGCGAAAAAUUUUCGCAAUAGUGUUUUUCCGUGUUAGAGUGAGUGUUUUUCAGUGAUUUUUUGAGCAUUUUUCAGGCUCUUAGUGGCAUCCAUUAACCCUCAAAAAAUCCCUAAACCCGCUCUAGUAGUGUGAUAGUGCCACGUAGAGAUCAAAAAUAGGGAAUCAUGGUGUUCACAAAAGCCAUGCCUUCCGGCAACGACAGCGAAGCGAGCGGUUCGAACCCCGCCGCCCGUAAAACCUUCCGCCCCCCGUGGGUGAAGGAGGGCCCCAACCCCUUACCGGUCCCCCCAGCCCCCUGGACGCUCAAAAACACGCGCCGCGACAGCACCAAAGAAACACCCAGUGAAAACCCCUUAGCCGGAGUCCAGCUACGCAAAACCUCAGUCACCACCAAAGAGCCGCAAGAAAACGGCAAAGAAAACACUUUCAAACGACCACAACUGCGUCCAGUGCCACCAAAAGAAGAAACGAAACCGCCAAAAGAAACCCUACCGCCUGUCAAACUCAACAGUGUCACUGAACGACAAAAGAACGAAGCCAAAAAACCCCUGCAAAAAUCACCUUCGAGAGAUGAAGAAAUAGAUCGAGUUACACCAGUGACAAGAAACGCGUUAGUGAGAGAACAGAGCAUGAGGAAGCUUUCGCAAACGCCUGCGCCGCCCCCUAUGCCACCCCCAGCGCCUGCAAUGCCCGGAGCGAAGAAAAAUCUAACUUCUAAACAGAAGGAACAAUUGGAACAGCUCAAAUCACGGCCAAAAGUGAGACCCGAUUGGACCGCCAUGUUAAAAGAAAUCGAAAGUAAUAAAAAAUUGAAACAUGUAGAAUGCAACGAUCGGUCACAACCUCUCCUACCCAAAACUAAAGCUACUGAACAUUUUGUCUUCGAAAGUGAGAAAGAUAACGUCCAUAAUGAACUUUUGAAACAAAUCCAAGACGGUAUCCGUUUGAAGAAAGUCAAGACGAAUGAUAGGAGUAAACCAAUGUUGGAGGGUUUGAGGAAAUUUAGAAGACAGAUGACUAUAGAAGAGCAGAUUCAGAAAUCGGUCUCAAUGGCUAGUAUGCCACCGGAAGAAAUCGAAGAUGAAGUUGACGAAAUGGACGACAUUGAUAAAGUCCGUGACGACUUACAAAGCACCAAACAAAUGCUAGCCCUCGAGUUACGAAACAAGGAAGCCCAAAUCCGAGAAAACAAACGUUUACUUGCCAGAAUACAAAAUCUAGAAGCUGAGUUAGAAAAAGAACGAAACCGUGAUAAAUCCACAAACACCAGUGAUAAAUCAAGCGACGAAAAACUAAUCCAAUCGCUUCGAAAAGAAUCAGAACAGGCGCGAAAAACCUCCGAGGAAGUCGAGAAGAAAUUCGCCGAAGCGACCGAACAGUUAGACAACACGCGAUUCCAAUUAGAAGAACAGAAGAAACAGAACCAAAUCCUGGAGAAGAAGUUGCAAGAGGCCCUUCAGGGAAAACGAACAUCAAUCAGCAAAGACAUGGUCAACGGCGAAGAAAGCGAAGACGAAUGCUUCGCCGACGAAGAGAGCGAAGAGAGCGACGGCGAAGACACUGAAGAAAAACGCGAGAAACGCGCCCAACGCGAACUGAAGCAACUGCGAAACAAACUGCGCAAUUUCAAGAACAAGGAAGACAACGCGAAGAAAGAACGCGUCGCCUUGCGGGAAAUCAUGAAGAAGCACCAGAUCGCCAUCAAGGAGGAAAAGAAGAAAUACAAAGCGCUCCAGAAGGAAGUGGACAAGAUGGCCGCCUUGAUGAAAGACGUGAGCGACGACGAGGAAGAAGAGGAAGAGGAGGAAAGCGAAGAGGAGGUGGAAGAAGAGGAAGAGAGCAGCGAGGAGUCCGAGACGGAGGAAAGCGAGGAUGAUAGCGACUCCGAACGCAGCCAGAGCGAGCCUGAAGACGCCCCAAUUGAGAAGAAACGCGAAAAUCUCUCGGUUAGGGUCACCCGGCAUGAAAAAAUACUCGCAGCCUUGAAGAAAGGCAACCUGAUGAUGAAAACCAACGCGGAGCGGCUGCAGGACGAUUUGAACAAGCAGAAGGAGUUGACUGCGGGCUUGCAGGAGGACUUGGACUCGGUCCUGGCGGAACUGGGGUAAGGGGGCCGGGGGGCCCGCAGGGCCUGGGACAAAACGACGAUGUUUUUAACGUGCUUAGUUUAGGCGAAAUUGAAAUUUUUAUAUUAUUCAUGGACGAUGUAUUACUCAUGAGAAUAAAGUGUGAUCGCUUAAAUAA